UUGACUGGAAAUUCAAUUAAUCCAACACGGAUCCGACAUUUGACUGCUUCAAGAAUGAUUUCAAUCAGUUCUUCAUCCCAAAGUAACGAUUGAACUUCUUUGAUAUCUCGACAAAGUAGAAUUUGAGCAUCCGGUUUGACGUCACUAAAAAUAAAGUUUUAAAUUAGUAUUUACGGAGUUUUCGUUAUAAUUUUCAGAUUAUUUUGAUUAUUAGUAACAUUUCAAACACCAUCACUAAUCACUUAUUCUCCACACCCUGAUAUCAACCCGUUUAUCUCAUGGCCAUUCUAGCGGAAAUAAGUGAAAUAUGCAAAUAUCUCUCUAGAUAUCUCUUCCGAAUAUGCAAUAUUUCGCAUGGAAAUCAAAUUAAAAAACGCUGGAGAAAUUUGAGAAUUGACAUGAUGGAAUUUUUGGAGGAAAUUCUGAAAACAGGUUGAAUGAUGAAUGACCAUAGCUAGAAAAAAGUAUAAAAAGCAAUGAGAGAAAUCUGAUAAUUAUGUCAAGUCUGAAUAUGACGUCGACAGCUACUGCAUACGCGGCUAUUACCGUCGGACUCGUUUCGAUCGGAUUCAUUCUUUUUGCUGUUCAAGGUAUCAGCUCCAACAUCGAAGAUAUCCGAAAUGAGAUGAAUAUUGAGAUGGAUGCAUGGAAGUUUGAAACUGACAGUCUCUAUCGUGAUAUGCAAAAGUUCGGCCGUGUUAAACGUCAGUAUGGAGGAUAUGGAGCUUCUGGAGCCAACCCAACACCUCACGGUGGAUUCCCAGGAGGCGCAUCCCCAAUGAAUCCAGGAAGCUUCCCAGGAGUUGUCGGAGUGCCACCACAAUUCAACCCAACACAAGGAGGAGAACCAAAUCCAGGAGGAUCUUGCAACUGCCAGGCUGACAAUUCGUGCCCAGCUGGACCAGCUGGACCAAAGGGAGCUCAAGGAUCUGACGGAAUCGACGGAAUUCCAGGAGUGCCAGGAAUCGAUGGACAGGAUGCUGACGAUGCUCAAGCUCAAACUCAACAAUAUGCAGGAUGCUUCACUUGCCCACAGGGACCACAAGGACCACAAGGACCACAAGGAAAGCCAGGAGUUCGUGGAAUGCGUGGAGCUCGCGGACAAGGAGCCAUGCCAGGACGUGACGGAACUCCAGGACAGCCAGGAAGCCUCGGACCAGUCGGACCAGUCGGACCACAAGGAGAACCAGGAUCAGAAGGAGAACCAGGAGCUGAUGUCGAACAUCAAGUCGGACUUCCAGGACCAAAGGGAAUUUCUGGACCAACUGGACAACCAGGAGAUCAAGGACCACAAGGAGAUACCGGAGCUCAAGGUAUUCCAGGAGCACCAGGAGAGCGUGGACCACGUGGAGACAAGGGAGAUAAUGGAGAGAACGGUUCUGCUGGAGCACCAGGAGAGGAGGGAGAGCCAGGAACUGAUGCCGAAUAUUGUCCAUGUCCUCAAAGACAGGAAAGUGCACCAGUCAAUGGAAACCAGGGAUACAAGAACAGACGUCAUUAGAUGCGAUUAUUUAUUUUUCUUCUCUUAAAUAUUUAUAUAAAUUUUUCAAGCAAGAAUCUUACGUUUUAAAACUUUAAAAAUCAUAAAAUUG